ACACGUUACACAUCUCUGAACUUCUCACUUUUGUCUGCAAAUGUAAAUCACCGCCGGAUAAUGAACGUUUCCCUUACCUUAAACCCUACAAAACUCCCGUCCUUGCCUCAACAAACCCAAUUCAAACCAGAGCCAAAAAAAGAUUGGAAUGCAAUCAUCAAGCACCACGCAAAUCACAAAAAUGACAAUGCAAUCCUCUCAACUUACAUGCAAAUGGAAUCUCUCAACAUACCACCUAAUACUUCAACUCUGCCUCUUGUUUUCAAGGCAUGUACGAGGCUGAACGCGUUCGAGACGGGCAAGAAAAUACAUUCUAGUAUCAAGGGUACUAAUUUGAUCAAUGAUGUUAGAGUUGGGACAUCUGUUGUUGAUUUUUACUGUAAAUGUGGGCAUGUUGUUGAAGCGAACGAAGUGUUUUUUACGUUGUCUCAGAGAGAUUUGGUUAUGUGGAAUGCUGUUGUUUCGGGGUAUGUGGGGUGUGGUUGUUUUGAGGAGGCGAUUUGGUUGUUUAAAGAGAUGGGAACGGAGGGUUAUGAGCCGAAUUCGCGCACUUUAGUGGCGUUGUUAAUGGCGUGUGGGCGGGUUUUGGAACUUAAGUUAGGCCAGGAGAUACAUGGUUAUUGCAUAAGGAAUGGUUUUUUUUAUUUGAAUUUCCAUGUAGGUACUGCUCUGAUUGGUUUCUAUUUGAAUUUUGAUGUGAGAAUGUCGAGCAUUGUUUUUGAUAUGAUGAUUGUGCGGAAUGCUGUGAGUUGGAACGCGUUGAUUACCGGGUAUUUUGAAGCUGGGGAUUAUGUGAAAGCGUUGGAGCUUUUUGUUUGUAUGAUUAAGGAUGGUGUCGAGUUUGACAUGGUCACUUUAUUAGUUGUUAUUCAAGCAAGUGCUGGAUUUGGAUCACUUGAAUUCGGUAUGCAAAUCCAUCAAUUGGCUAUGAAGUUAAGACUUGGUGAUGAUUUGUUCAUACAAAAUGCUCUGCUUAAUAUGUAUGUUGAUAUUGGAAGUUUAGAAUUAGCUUGUCGAGUAUUUGAUGGUGUAACCAUUCGCGAUGCUGCCUUUUGGAACUCUAUGUUAGCUGCAUAUAUCGAUUAUUCCUGUUAUGAGGAAGCUAUCGGUUUGUUUAGUUUAAUGCGAACAGAAACUCGAGAAGGUGAAAGAACUAUUGCUGUUAUUUUGCCUUUAUGCUCAGAGUUAGCUGAUGGCUUGAAAAUUGGUAGAAGCUUGCAUGCUCUUGCCUGCAAGAAUGGAAUUAGGAUGAAUAUUUUCAUUGGAAAUGCAUUAUUAAGCAUGUAUGCAGAUCUAACUAGUGCUGAAGAUGCUCUUAAUGUCUUCAAUCAGAUGUGUGAUGUGGAUGUUGUCUCGUACAAUACUUUGAUCUCUGCACUUUCUCAUAGCAAUUUGAGGGACAAGGCGUGGCAAUUAUUCGAGAUGAUGCGCGAAUCAGAACUAGAUCCUAACUCUCAUACGAUGAUAUCUCUACUUGCUGCUUGUGGUGACGAAACAUGCCUAAAUAUUGGGAAAUCUAUCCAUGCUUUUGUCGUAAAACACGAAAUUGAAAUUAGUAUUUCUCUGAACACUUCACUCACUGAUAUGUAUAUGAAUUGCGGUGAUGAAACCGCUGCUAGGUAUCUAUUCGAGACCUUUUCGAAUAGAGAUUUGGUAUCUUGGAAUGCUAUGAUUGCUGCACUUGUUAAGAACAAUAAAACUGAUGAUGCCUUAUUGCUUUUCAACCGUAUGAUUUCAGAAGUUGAACCUAACUCCAUUACUAUCAUAAAUGUUCUAUCUACAUGCACUGAUCUUGCCAAUCUACUUUUCGGUCAAUGCUUACAUGCUUAUGCGGCAAGAAGAUAUUCCCCUCUUAGUUCAAAUUUGUCGCUCGCAAAUGCUUUCAUAACAAUGUGUGCAAGAUGUGGUACUAUGCAGAAUGCAGAAAAGAUAUUUAGAACCUUACCGAAAAGAAAUAUUAUCUCUUGGAAUGCGCUGAUAACUGGCUACGGAGCACACGGUUCUGCUUCCGAAGCUAUCAUUGCCUUUGUGCAGAUGUUGGAAGAUGGUUUUCAGCCAAAUGAAGUAACUUUCCUGUCUGUUCUGUCUGCUUGUCGCCAUGCCGGUCUGAUAGAGAAGGGUUUGCAGGUUUUUGAUUCCAUGGUUCAGGAUUUUAAGAUGAUCCCUGAGCUUGCUCACUAUGGCUGUGUGGUUGAUCUACUAGGCCGAGGUGGACGCUUAGAUGAAGCCAGGGAAUUUAUCAAUGAUAUGCAUAUCGAACCUGAUGCAUCGGUGUGGAGAGCCCUGCUCAGUGCUUGUCGAGUUCAUUCUAACACGAAACUAGCUUCCGAAAUUUUCGAAAAACUAGUCGAAUUAGAACCAAAUAAUGCUGGGAACUACAUUUUGGUAGCUAACAUAUAUGCUGCAGCUGGUGUUUGGCCAGAGGUUAUAAAAAUAAGGACCUGGCUUAAAGAAAAGGGUUUAAAGAAACCUCCAGGAACUAGUUGGAUUGUGAUUAGAGGCCAGACUCAUUCUUUUACUGCUGGAGACACAUUGCAUCCUCAAUCAGAAAAAAUCUAUGAAAAUGUGAAUUCUUUGUUAGCGAUAAUGAGAAGAUUUGGAUAUGUUGCUGAUCUUCAUCUGUCAAUGGAUGAUGAGGAGAAUUAAACAAGCUCGAUAUUUUGUUUGGAUGGCUAGCAGGGGCAAAAACUGACCACCGGUUAUUUUCGGUAUAAAUUUUCCCCUUUAAUUGUCUCAAUCCGUUCUCUUUUAAUCGUGUCUAAUUACUAAAACAAUUAGUCGUUAUUAGGUGGAAAAUGCAUAUUCUUGUGAAGAACUAACAAUAAAAAAAUUAUUGUUACAUUUUGGAUUUUUUUUAAGCAAUAGUUGACAACCCCUUGAGCACAAACUUAGCUGCUGAUUAAUGUUUAGUUGCUGUCUGAUGUUUAUAGAUUAUUGCUUCUGUCUUACAGCAAUUAUGUGGUAAUUUGCAAGGCAUGUAAUUUAACUAAA